AUGAAUGGUGUCGAUGAGAUUGUAAUCGAUUGCAAUGCGAAGGGGGCCUUGUUCAUCUACGCCGAAACAACCCAUAAGCUUACUGACCUUGAGGAAGGUAAGCCUAACUACGGUGAGCUACGAAAGAUGGUGAUUCCUACGUGUGAUUACUCCAAGGGGUUGUCCUCAUUCCCUUUGUUUAUGGUGCAAUUCACUCGCUUCGAGUGUGGGGGUGUAGCCAUGGGUGUUGCUUCACAUCACCAUGUUGCUGAUGGUAUUGCACAUACCUAUAUUAUCAACUAUUUUCUUAGGUUUAUACAGGGACGUGACAUCCCGGUAGCACCCGUUUUCGAUAGGUCGGCUGUCCGUCAGCUUGCACCGCGUAACCCGCCACAGGUCAAGUUCCGACACUUGGAGUAUGAGCCAAGUUUACCACCCUUGCCACCAAACAGUUCGACAGGAUUCGAACCUAUAUCAACUAUGCAUUUGCAUAGUGCUCUACCACUUGAGCUAAUAGGUUUUUAA